UGCUGAAUUUCCAGACAGCGAUUCGCCACAGACAGAAUCGCUUAAGCUGGGCGGAGAAAAAAACUCGCGAGCACACUUCCACUCUGUUUCUACCACUUCGAACCACUCCGGCGAGAUAGAGUUGCAUAUGUUAGUGAAAUAUGAGUAGAAGAUGUUCCAAAACCUAAACGGAAUUAACCAUAAAACAUCAUUAGGCCUACAGCGUGUUAUGUUAUUGUAGACUCAUUUUCCGUUUCCAUCUCUAUGCGCUGUUAAAUCCGGUUUAAUAGGGAUUGCUGCAGUUUAUUUGUUUGCAGUUGUGAGAUAAAAGCUCGACUUCUUCUGCCUUUUUUGAUAGGGGUUUCAUUUCUGUUUUUCUGUAGUUGUCAAAGCGGAAUGAAUGACAAAGACAAAGGCGGAUGUUAAUUCGCCAACUCACUUUGUCUCGCCGAAGGAAAGGAGACACAGGCACAAAAUGGAAAGCGGGACGGAGAGCGCCGACAGCGGGCAGGCGAAGCCUCAACAACAGCACCAGUUCGAGCAACAGCCCGUAGUGCAGCCCAUUCAAGUCAACGCAAAGAAAAAAAAUAAUCGGGCUCCAUCACCCGCCAGACCCAAGGAUGUGCCUGGAUGGUCCCUCACCAAGAUCCGUGGAGGAAUCGGUACACCAACACUGAGCGUUAAACCAGGAUCCAUACAUUUAGGCAGCCGGGUGUCCAGGCGUAGUCCGGUUAGCGGGAAAGAGACGAAAUCUGAGAAAGGAAAACUGACGGGAAAAUCCACGGUAUCGGUAGCCAGUGCCCAGAAGAGCAGCAGUAAAUCGACGAAAGGUGCUCGGAGGAAGGUGUCCGAUGCGAGCAACGCCUCCGACGACCAGAGCAAAGACUCCGGUUGCGCUGCGGGCAAACGUUCGUCAACGGAUAGCAGUUCCGAGCUCUCGGAUUGUGCCUCGGAGGAGAAUAAACUAUUCACGGACGCUCUGAGUAGUGACACCGAAUCCAACAGCCGAGGCGGGGGUCUUGAUGCCGAUAAACCAAGCAGUGACUGCGGACAUGGGCCACCGGAUAAGGGUAGUCGUGGUGACCGUCACGCCAAGACCCCAGUGGAUAAGAACCGAAUCUCCCUGGGAGUGGAGACCGCAGGGGGGAGCAUAUCUCCCGGGGAUGAACGGUCUCUCACCUCGUUCGACAGCCGGGUGCCUGCCAGCACAUCCCUAGCUUUCUCCGACCUGACGGAAGAGUUCAUGGAUGGCAUGCAUGAAGAAUUUGUCAGAGAAAUCGAGGAACUGAGAUCAGAGAACGAUUACCUAAAAGAUGAGAUGGAGGAGCUGCGCUCUGAGAUGUUGGAGAUGAGGGAUAUGUACAUGGAGGAGGAUGUGUACCAGCUGCAGGAGCUGAGGCAACAGUUUGAGCAGGCCAACAAGACCUGCCGCCUCCUGCAGUACCGCCUCCGCAAGGCCGAGAGACGCAGCCUCCGCGUGGCCCAGACGGGACAGGUAGACGGGGAGCUCAUCCGGACCCUGGAGCAGGACGUCAAGGUGGCUAAAGACGUGUCCAUCCGGCUGCACAACGAGUUGGACUCUGUGGAGAAGAAGAGGGGUCGUCUGGAGCAGGAGAACGAGGAGCUGAGGGUCAGGCUCCAGGACCUAGAGGUGGCCAAGCAGGUCCUGCAGGCUGAGAUGGAGAAGCAACGAGAGAACUCUCUGAAGAAGAGGUGCGGUCGGCCAAACAACAAGCCAGAGAAGAAGCCAUCUGUCCAGCAGGAGGACAACUCUGACCUCAAGUGCCAGCUCCAUUUUGCCAAGGAGGAGUCCGUUCUCAUGUGCAAGAAGCUGACCAAGAUGGCCAAGGACAGCGAGGCCAUGCGGGAGGAGCUGGCCAAGUACCGCUCGGUCUACGGCGAUGUGGACGCCUCACUCACCGUGGAGGAGGUCAACGACUCACCCCACACCCGCGAGGCCGAGGUUAGAGUUCACCUGAAGCUGGUGGAGGAGGAAGCCAACCUGCUGAGCCGGCGCAUCGUGGAACUAGAGGUGGAGAACCGUGGCCUACGGGCCGAGAUGGACGACAUGAAGGGCCAGGAGCUGCCUCCAGGGCUGGGAGGCAUGGGAGGCCCUGGAGGAGGAGGUCUGGAUAACGUGAUGGAGCUCCAGAGGCACCUGCAGUUUGUGGAGGAGGAAGCGGAGCUGCUACGGCGCUCGCUGCUGGAGAUGGAGGAGCAGAACAAGCUGCUGAUGAAUGAGAUCAACCGCUACAAGUCGGAGCUGCCGCUGACGUUGGACCCAAACCAGGAUGAAUGCUCGUCCAUCUCUCUCCUGGAGGAUGGUCAUGGUGGGGGAGCUCUCAUCAGCACCGAGGCCCCCCAUGAGGAGCUGCUGCAGUCCGCCAGGCUCCAGAUCGGGGAGCUGAGCGGCAAAGUGAAGAAGCUCCAGUACGAGAACCGUGUGUUGCUGUCCAACCUGCAACGCUGCGACCUGGCCUCCUACCACAGCUCUUCUAGGCCCGCCCUGGAGACCGACGCUGAGGCAGGGGACUCGGCCGAGUGCCUCCCCAGCCAAGCGUGCCGGGAAGGCCCCAUCGGAGGGGAGAACAAGCCCCUGGAGGAGAAGGAGAAGAAGACGUCCACGGGGGUUCCCAUUCACCUGCACGGUAACGUCCCCCUGGGGCUGAAUGACCAUGAGGCCCUGCUGGCCAUGAGGGACCAGGCCCGCCUCAUCUCUACAGCCAUACAGCUGCUGACCGCUUCUGAUUCCAACUGCCCCUCCCUCUCCCUCUACCGUAAGAUCUCCUCCAACUCCUCCGGGGAGACUGCAGAGCCCUGUGUCCCAGAGAAGAGCCAGCAGUCCCAACCCUCGGAGCUCCAGGACCUGCCCCUGGUGGAGGCUCUGACGGGCAGGCUGCGAGCACUGCACACCCAGCUCCAGGCCUUCGUGAAGCGAGUGGAGAGCCUUGGCAGCGCCCCUCCUGGGAGGGAGCAGGUGGAGGUGGCAUCCCCCCUGCCUCUACUGUCCGAAGCUGGAGACUCCGUGGUGGAUACGCCCUCUGCCUCACACCCCUGCCCUCCAGACGACCAGGCGGGUGAGAUCACUGCAGGGCAGAAGCAGCCCGACUUUAGGGACCAAUCAGAGCGUGAAGUGAAAGGUCAGGAGGAGGAGGAGGGUGACAGCCACAUUGACAACAACAAGAACCAGGUUAAACAGGAGACGGACACAGCCCUGCAGAUCAGUGAGCUGCAGGCCCUUCUGUUGGAGGCGAGGGACAAUGCUUGCAGGACGCAGGAGGAACUUACUGUCGAGAGGCAGGAGGAACGGACUGUGGAGUGGCAGGAGGAACUGACUGUGGAGUGGCAGGAGGAACUGACUGUGGAGAGACAGGAUCACAGAGGCCCCACCCACAGCAGCUCACAGACAUUCACACAGCUGCAGGAGGAGCACCAGAAGGCCCUGACGAGAAGGGACUUCCAGCUGCAGAGUCUGAGUCUGCAGACGCGGCUGCAGCAGAAGUUCUGGAGCCAAGAGAGGAACCUGAUGUUGCAGGAGUCCCAGCAGCUCAAGCAGACCCUGCUGCUGCUCAGCCUCAAGCUGCGUUGCUUCCUCAAACAGUGGCGGCUGGGACGCAAGCUGGACACGGAGGCCAAGGAUGUCCUGGAGGUGAACAGCCUGAAGGACCUGUACCUGCUGUUGGAGGAGGAGAGUCUGGCCGCCCACCCCGAACAGGGAAACAACAAGAUUACCUCUGCAGAGGAGCAGGACCUCUGCCCCACCAUCUCCAAGGAGCUCUGUGUGCUGGAGAAGAGCUACACACAGACGAGCGGCGUGAGCAGCACUCUGGCGGACCUGAAGGGAGCGCUCCAGGAUCUGAGCGGAGAGCUGCGAGAGGAGCGCCAGGGCUCCCAGGAACUGACCCAGCAGUUUGCCCGCGCUAAGGCCUCCUGGGAGGUGGAGAGGACAGAGCUCAACAGCCUCAUUACCCAGCUGGAGAGCAAGGCGGGCUUGGCUGCCCUGGCCGGGGGGGAGAAGGACCUCCAAGGACCGCCCGACCUGAAGGUGGCACUGAAGAGGGAGCGUGAGGAGCACCAGCACCUCCUGGCCGACUCAUAUGCCGCCGUCAUGGACCUGACCAAGCAGCUGCAGAUGGGCGAGAGGAACUGGAACCGUGAGAAGCUGGAGCUCAUAGAGCAUUUCAGUCAGGAGAGGGGCCAGUGGGAGCAGAGGCUACAGUGCAAGAUGUCUCUGCACUACAAAACCACCCCUGAAACAAAAACUGCACUGGACGUUGUUACAAAUGGAACCAAUUUAUCAAGGACCAAGUCCAUGUUGGAGGGUCUGCUGGAGGCCUGUCCUUUCCGUCAGGAGGUCAAUGGUACAGCCAAUGAGGAGGGAGAGAAGGACCGGCCCAGCACCCAGGCCCCUCCCCUUCGAACCCACACAGACCCGGGUGACCUCACCAGGAAGAACUGGAAGUACCUGACCAAUGAGAUGGCUCUGAUGGAGCAGGGUGAUGCCCCCUUCAAGACGUGGGACUGUCCCAGCUCCCCAAGCAGUUUCCUGGACCUGGAGAGCAUCCAGAGGAGCUACACGGCCCCCGACAAGACUGGCAUCCGCAUCUACUACAGCCCCCCUACCAUGCGCCGUAUGGAGAGCCGACUGGCCAAGGAGAAGCAGGACAAACCUCAAGCCCAGCAAGGCCACCUGUCUCUGGCUUUAACUCCAUCAGAUGCUGUGGCCCCGGAGGGCCAACCUCCCUCCUCCUCUGCCUCCUCCUCUUCGUCCUAUGACCAGUGGUUGAGCUCUCUGUCCAAACAGCACAGGGACCUUCUGGAGAACAGCAGCGGUGGCGCGGGGGUGGCGCCAUUCCACGGCCUGGAGAUCUCUGCCAACCUCUCAGACGACAUGAAGGAGAUGACCAACUGCGUGCGCCAGGCUAUCCGCUCCAGCUCUCUUGAGAGGAAUUGCAGCAAGGAUGCGAGCAGCCAGACAGUGGGGGUGUCUAGUCGCUCCACCCAGACGGUCCAGUUUGUGAGCGUGGGGCUGCAGACGGACGGGCUCGGGUCUCGGGGGGUUGGGGGCUUCCACACCAAAUCCUCCUGGUCCCCCCGGCCCUCGUCGUCGCUGGCCUCGGCCCGCUCGCGCCACAUCUCCUCAUCACUGGAUAAGGUGCACAGCCGCAUCGACAGGCCCUGUUGCUCACCCAAGUUCGGCUCCCCCAAGCUACAGCGACGCAUUUCUGCCUCCUCCUCCAAGCUGGACGGAGGAGGAUUGUCCUCAGCUUCAUCCAGAGACCGCAGCCUGUGGAACCUCCACCAGCGGUCCUCGACCUCCAGCGGCUCGGCCUGGGCCCGUUCCACCACCACCAGGGACAGCCCCGUGCUCAGCGGCCUCAACGAUGGCCUGUCCAGCCUGUUCAGCGUGGUGGAACACUCCGGCAGCGUAGAGUCCCUGUGGAAGAGUGAGCCAGGGGCCAGCCCAGCCCGCCAGGCAGCAGGGAAGCCCUCUGGCCCUGGACCAGACACCGGAGCCCAGAAAUAUGGCCCUUUCCAGGAGUUUUUCAGGAACGUGUGUGGCCGGACCGGAACGACCAUGCCCGGGGGAGGGGAGAGGGGGCAGAGGGAGGUGGGGGCCAUGGAUGAGCCCAAGCCUGAGUGCCUCUCCGGGGUUUCGCUGGUGGGGAACGACAGCGUCACCAAGAUCGUCAACAAGAGGUUCAUGAGACAGAUGCCCAGGGAGGAGUUGGGGGCCACUGCUAACGAUCUCACUGCCAGGGACCUGACCUUGAGCUCCAGCAUGGAGGAUGCAGCGUGUGAUUGCAACUCCCAGUCUCUUACAUCCUGCUUGGCCCGGCCCUCCCGCUCAGCCACACGCCAUUCACUGGGCUACUGCAUGCACCGCUCUCAGGAGCCUCCCACGGCCACGGAGGAGAGAGUGGAUGCAGGCAAUGAGUGAUGGAUCAGUGAGAACACACACACACACACACACACACACACACACACACACACACACACACACACACACACACACACACACACACACACACACACACACACACACACACACACACACACACACACACACACACACACACACACACACACAUACUGCCUCACCAACACACUGCCACAUAAGCUACAGUACUGUCACAAAACGUAGACACAAACAUCUUGGCUACACCAACACACUGCUACAUACAUACUGUACAUACACACAAUCACUCACAAACUGCCACACAGAACCACUGUCACACGCACACACACACACACACACACACACACACACACA